CUGCCUGCUUCAGCCUCCCAGAGUGCUAGGAUUACAGGUGUGAGCCACCGUGCCCGGCCAAUGAGAAUCUUAUUGAUUGGUAUUUGGGGUACACACACACAGCCUGUAGAUCCGGGUUUCUGUUGCCUGGAAUUCUCUUCCUCUUUCCUGGCCUCUGUUUUCUUCCCUUUCCCAUCUCUGACUUUGAGCCCUCCAGGGCGGGCCUCUCCGCGGGCAGGGGUGCAGGAGGUGGCCCUCGGGCGGCAGGCACCAGGGUGGCUUCCCUUGGGCGUGGCCCGGUGGCCGCCCUGUGCAGUGAUGUGUCCCCAGGCCUGGCUGGCAGCCAGGGAGUUGAGCCCAGAGAGCAGCAGGGGCCAGAGCAGCUUCGAGAGGGGCCGGGGCGUCGUCCGAGAACCCUGGAGGGUGGGCGGUGCCUGCUUUGGCAGGUGCCAUGCCUCCGCAACUCCUCCUGCUGCUGACUCUCCUGGGCCCUGGCAGCAGCUUCCCGCCGGGGGACAGCUGGGCAGAUGGAGACAGGAAAGCCCCAGGCCCCCUGCUUGCCCGGGGGCGGAGACAUGUGCCUGGGGAGGACAUGGAGGAUUACGACUAUAUCGGGGAAGGCACAGACCCUCCAGAAACGCUUGAAAGUAUCACCAGUGUUGUGACCCAGAAUGUCAUGCUUCUGACUGUGACCGGAACGUCGGAGCAGAGAGGUUCUGCAGAGCCCGGAAGCCCUGAGCCUGCCACGGUGGAGGCUGCUACAAAGGACACUGCUGGCCUGGACACAGGAGGGAAAGCCACGGGGAAUCUGAGCACGGAAUUGGCCACUCGGCAGAUUCCAGUCACACUGGACCCUCUGGUCACAGAACUGACCACUAUGAACAUUUCCAUCAUGGGUGCGCCAUCCAACAAGGGGGCUCUGUCCAUGGGGCCAGCUACCAUGGAGGUACAGACCACUCAACCAGCAGCCACGGAGGCCCUGACCACGGGACCCCCUGCCACGGAGGCCCUGACCACGGGACCCCCUGCCACUGAGGCCCUGACCAUGGGACCCCCUGCCACGGAGGCCCUGACCAUGGGACCCCCUACCACGGAGGCCCUGACCACGGGACCCCCUGCCACGGAGGCCCUGACCACGGGACCCCCUGCCACUGAGGCCCUGACCAUGGGACCCCCUGCCACAGAGGCCCUGACCAUGGGACCCCCUGCCACGGAGGCCCUGACCACGGGACCCCCUGCCACGGAGGCCCUGACCACGGGACCCCCUGCCACGGAGGCCCUGACCAUGGGACCCCCUGCCACGGAGGCCCUGACCAUGGGACUCACUGCCAUGGAGGCCUUGUCCACAGAAACCCCUCCUUCAGUGGCCCUGUCCAUGGAGCUAGCCACCGUGAAGGACAUCCCUGGGGCAGCUAGCAAUCUGUCUGCCAUCACCAACAUGAAAACUGGGCAGACAUCCCCCCCUGGGAUCUUCGUGGCCCCCACCUCCACAGGGCCCCCCGACCACAUCCCCGUGAAGCAGUGCCUGCUCGCCAUCCUCAUCCUGGCCCUGGUGGCCACCGUCUUCCUCGUGUGCACCGUGGUGCUGGCCGUCCGCCUCUCCCGCAAGAACCACACGUACCCUGUGCGGAAUUACUCUCCCACCGAGAUGGUCUGCAUCUCGUCCCUGCUGCCCGACGGGGCCGAGGGGCCCCCCGCCACAGCCAACGGGGGCCUGCCCAAGGCCAGGAGCCAGGGCCUGACGCCGGAGCCCGGGGAGGACCACGAGGGCGACGACCUCACCCUGCACAGCUUCCUCCCUUAGCGCCCCUGCCCGCGUUCGCCGGGGCGAGGCCCUGGCCGGCUGCUCCCUCCCUGGCCCAGCCGGGCCACCACUGAGCACCCAGGCCUCCGUGCCAUGGGUCUGGGCUUCCUCGGAGACCCCUGGGGUUGGGGAUCUGUAGGGAAGGGACCCUGGCCGCCCCAGACGAGACCAAGAGCAGCCACGGUCCUGUGGCCAAGCAGGACCAGCAGGUAGAACCGCCUCCUCGUCCCUCCUGCCUCCAGGGGCAGCGGCCAGUUGGCCCAGAGAGACCCUCUCCUUCCUGUCCCCACCCGACGUCCCCACUGCCAUCCUCCUUUCUCCAGGCCACUGGAGUCCCUCCCCAACAGGCCCAGGGAAGACUGGGUUCCUCCACCCCACUCUCAUCGCCAUUUUCUCCUGGUUGCCAUGGUCACCAAACAAGAAGGGGACUUUGCAGGGGGUCGGGGCAGGGUGCUGAGGAGCGAGCGACAGAUCCCUGAGCCCAUUUCCUGCUGCUCUGCAGGGAGCCCAGGGUGAGGCCUCAGACUGUGAGGGCUGCAGUGGGUUCGGAGAGCCCAGAGACCUUUCUUUGGGACUGUGUAGACCAAUGAGCCUCCCUCUGGUGGCAGAAUAGCCCCCACUGUCCUCGCUUGCCUUCCCCUGAGGCCACCUUUUCAGGGUGGCCUCUGCCUGGUUCACUGCAUCAUCCCCCUGCCUGGCCCAGGGCUGGGCACUCAAUAAAUGUGUGAUGAACACGC